AUGACGACAGAGUGGGCGCGGACACGCAAGGCAACACGGCUACGAUCAUUGGUCACUAGACCACCUGGGGCAGAAAGACCUGUGAUCAACGUCGAUCCUGCUACCGGCAAGGCCGGCGGUCCCCACAAGAAGAAAUUAAGAACAUAUUUGGGGAUUGUCGCUCGUGAUAAGGUCGACGUGACAUAUGACACCUGGAAGGAAGUCCCUACUGCUCAGAAGGAUUUGAUAUGGGAGGAUAUUCAGCCGCUCCAGGUUAUGUGGGAUGCUACCAUAUUCGGGGUGUUUAAUCAAAACUUCCCGUUGUAUAUAAAGCACGAAGAUCUCUCUGAAAUUGCACAUGGUGGUCAAUGUCUCAGCAUAUCUGUUAUACAGUUGUGGAUUCUCCAUCUGACUGAGACAAGUGUGCGAGCGGGGAAUUCUGAUGUGUAUGGAUUCCUCGAGCCACAGUCCAUUCAGAGAUCUGGGCAAUCACAAUUUGAAUCCAAAAGUUACAUCAAGAGUUGGAUACAGAGUUCAAAACGAGAUGUUUACCUUGGAACCUAUCUGAAUAGUGGACACUGGCAAAUGGUCGUCAUUCUACCACUAUCCUUCGAGUUGCCAUUGCCAUUGCUAGCUCCCUCCCCACCAGCGGCUUCAACUGCUCCACCUUUGAAUGUAUGA